GCCGCCUGUUGCUCGAACAAGUCAACCAGACUGUUCGCUGCAGGUCAGGAGGUACGAGCCCGACCUGUAUAAGCUGUCUGCCCGUUCAGAUAACUGCCUGGUCGUUUCUAUGACUUGUUUAGUGUCAACAUUGGACUUAAAAACAAUGAAGCUGACUGCUGACCAGCCGAAACAGUGAGAUGGAGAAAACCUUUGCAGAAGAUGACUGUGUGGAUUCAGGAGCUGAGACCGGAGGGUCUGAUUACAGUCCCUUGUCCUCAACGAGCAUAUGUGGAGGUGAGUUAUCCAUGGGAGAGCUCCAGGACCCCUUCCUCGUCAGCGUCCACCUCAUCGUAGACCCCGGUCAGGGAAAGCUCCUCCAACAUGCUGCUGAUGUCGUCCUGGCCUGGGUUCACCCUGAGCUGCAGCUCUUCAGAGUUUCAGAGCGGGCCUCUGUCUCCCAGCGAGCACGACCAAAGCACCAACAGAACGGCCUCCUGGAAGUAGUCUCCCAGCCGGCUAUGGCGGUCAUCCUCUUCCUUCAGGAGGGAUACGGAGGAGAGGAGCAGAUUCUGAGGCUGCACCGCGCCCUGCAGAAGCCGCCAUGGCGCUACCACCACACAGAAAGAGUCAGUAACGGCCGGCGGAUGCUUCCUUUGUCACCGUGCAGUCAGGACUUCUUCACUCUGUCUCCUGGGACGCCGCUCUGGGCUGUGCGCCAGGUGCAUUAUGGGAAAGAAAUUGUGAGAUUUACAGUUUAUUGCAGACAUGAAAAUUACGUGGACAUGGUGCGACUUUACAGGCUGCUGCUCCAGCGCAGAGUGGCACAGAAAAAGGAGGACUUCUGCUUCUUUGUGGUUUACUCAAACCCUGAGAUGGAGAUUCAGCUGUCGUUUAAGAGACUCCCACGAGGGGAGAGUCCGGUGGUGCUGGACUCAGCCGUGAUGGAAGUGAGGGUACGAGAUGUGGGGGCGCUGGUGCCUCUGCUGCCGCACCCCUGCAGCCCGAUUAGUGAGGUCCGCUGGCAGACUGAGGACUACGAUGGGAACAAGAUCCUACUGCAGAUCCAGGGCUCACUCUUCAAACUCCAUCAGGAUCCCUCCCUCAUAUCCUCCACUAUCACUGAAUCAGACUCCGCUCCACCCACCUUCCCUCGCAGCAGCUCCUCCUCCUCCUCCAAGAACCGCCGCCACCACCACCACCGGUCCACAUCCCGUCCCAGAGUCCACCAGACCCCCCACGCCUCCCAUGCUCUUGUCUACGAGGAGCUGGACGAGGAGGCACAGUGGGCCGAGCACCACUACCCGGACAGCUGGAGGUCAGGGUGGAGGGGCCACAGAUCCGGAUCCCUCUUCUCUCUACCUAACAUGGGCUCUGGUAGCUCCCGCUCCACCUGCUCCUCUCCUGGUCCCUCCCCCAGCAUCCAUCACAGGAGCCACUCCCUGAAUAGACGCUCCUCUCUUAUCCCGCCUUUCAAACUCAAUGUGGACGCUCUGGUCGGGGCGGAGGAGACGGAUGUGGACACAGGGGACAAAGUGAACUCAGUCAGCAGUGUGGACCUCUCUGUGGUGUCUGCGUACAUCAAAGCCAGCCUGCCACAGACUCCUCGGCCAGUUUCAGCUCAGUCUGAUGACUUUAAAACCUCCCUCUCUCCCAGCAUCUCUGAGAACAUUUACAAAUCAUCCACACUGAGGCGGACUCCCAACAGCUUCAGCAACAGCAGCACUCCCUCCACCCUGAUAGCGUCUCGUAUGAACAGCCCGAGUGUGAGCAUGAGUGCUGCACCAUCUCUGAGCGACGUUUCCAUAAACCACUCGGACAGCUGCAGCAUCAUCAGCGCUCAGAUAGAAGAGGCGGAGGAGACAGUGAUGGAGGAGGAAGAGUUUUAUAUUUAAUGUGUUCCUCUGAGCUGAGAGGACUCACUCGAGCCAGUAUUGACACAGCUCUACUCCGCCCCCUGGUGGUGAAACUGGAGUGAAGCAGAAACUUAUUUCAUGUUCUUGUAAUUGUUGAUGUUGCUCUUUUUGCAUGUAGAUUUAUGCUUCAAAGCGGUAAAUGUGAGGUUAUGUAUGGAGAGAAAAUUGACACAUUUAAAGGUGAACUACAUUACUAUGUACAGAUGUGUUAUCAAUAAACCUGUCAUACACACAACCAAAUUAAAGGUAGGUUUUUUGACUUUGGUGUA